AUGUGCGGUGGGGUAAGGGGCGGUGAGUACCUAACAGAUAGAAUUGGGCAAUGCCUAGUAGCAACCCUUCUUGAUUCUGAUUCUGACCAGUUUAGGGUUUGGCUACCUAAAAGAGUGUUGGAAAACAUGCCCGAAAUUAUGAUUAAAGAUAUAAAUGAGUCCCUAAACAAAUAUUCUUUAGCGUAUAUUGGCCAAAGCUCACCAAAGACACCAUCAGGUAGUCGUCCAAAAUGUUUGAUAAAGUUUGACUCUGUUGACAGUAAAGCAGUACACCCCCUUUGGUUUGACAAGAUGUGGAUGCAUUAUGCAUCAUUGCGUUGGCCUGAUUCAAAGGAUCUACGUACAGCUAUCAUGAUAUUAGUGUGCCAGUUAACGGAUUUGAUGCAUGACGCUGAACAUUCAACAAACUACGAUAUGAAUAUUUGUUGGGAUGAUAACGAGGUUGAAAGGAUCAGGAGACUAAUUCGGAAAUACGAGAAGUUGUGUGCGCAGUAUCUACAAGAAGAUUGUACUAUUGAGCAGUUUUGUAGUGAUUUGAUUAAUUAUAACCUUAGAUCAUUUCCGUGUGAGAUUGCAAGGUAUUUACCUCCGGAAAUUAUCCUCAAAUAUAACCUCGUGUAUGAGGAUUGA